AUGGCUUCAAUUUUCAUGCUCAUCUUGUCCUUCUUAUGCAGCCAAGGACUAUAUUCUUCUUCUGUGGCUGCAACAAGCACAAUCAGAGUUGGUGAUCAACUCAACUCCACUACGAAUCUUGUCUCCGAAAAUGGGAACUUCACUUUAGGAUUCUUCACUGUGGGACGCCCAAAUUCCCAGAAUUCCAGUUACUUUGGAGUAUGGUACACAAAUGAUGACCGACAGAGGAAAGUUUGGGUUGCCAAUCCAAACUCACCCAUUACUAGCAGCUUUGGGGUCCUCGCAAUCGACAGCAACGGAACAUUGGAAAUUACCAGCGAAGGGAGCAGUAUUAUGAUUCUUCAUGAUCAGAAUGGGACAGUUAAUGCAACGGCUACACUAGAAGAUUCUGGUAACUUUGUCCUGAUGGAUGCAGCUGAUAGGAGGACUCUGUGGCAAAGCUUUGAUCAUCCUACCAACACCCUUUUGGCCGGUAUGAAACUUGGUUAUAAUCUCACAUCUGGGCAAAAUUGGACGCUUACUUCUUGGCUAAAUGAUUAUGUCCCGGCGGCCGGCGCAUUCAAUUUAAGCUUGGAAUCCAUUGGAGACUCAGCACAGUUGGUCAUGCAUCGGCGAGGAGAACCUUACUGGACAAGUGGGCCUUGGAAUAAUGGAAAUUUUGAAUUCACGGUCACCUUGAAUGACACAAGUAAUCCGUACCAGUACAACCUCCACUACGUCUCUAAUGGUGAUGGGAAGUAUUUCACUUUUGAUGCUACCGACGCCAAGAUUAGUAUGAUGGAAUUGACUUCAAAGGGGGAGAUUCUUGAUGGUGCUAAUAGUCGUUUCGUUAGCCCUGCUGAUUUUUGUUAUGGAUAUCAAGCGGAUAAUGGGUGUGUGAAAACUCAAUUGCCCGGGUGCCGGAGCCAAAAGGAUAGUUUCCAGCAACUGAGUGCAAAUUUUCCGGUCACAACUAGUAGCUAUGAAACAAUACAAUCUCAAGUCUAA